AUGGAUGAAGCAAUGCUUCACGACAUUUUUGGGGACGAUGACAGUGACGUUGCCUCUACGGGCGGAGGAGCCGAGUCGCCUUCGGGUCAAAGUUCCCCAAGAUCAUCACGCUCACCGAGAGAGGGACGUCGAUCCCAUUCUGUGUCUUCUACUCCAAAGCAGACGACCCCUUUGCGCCAAGCGCCUCCUCUUCCCUCGCAAGAGGGUACAGACGAAGAGGUAGCCAACCCUCUUGACGCUGCACAGCGUCGUCAACUAAAUGACGAGGCCCGAGCGGCUGCUUUGGCACGACGCAAACAAACAUUUUCACGACGUGAUUAUGGGUUCGUGCCCCGGGACCCCAAUGAGGAAGCUCGAUGA